AUGGCACGCGGAAUCUGUGGUCUCCUUGCUCUUGCGGCACUGAGCGCAACCGUCGCUGCCGCCGCCGACUCCAACACAGAGUACCCAAACUUCUUGGAGGCCUUCACUCGUCCUGCCGAUGCCAGCAAAAUGAUGGAACGGAUGGCACAGACCUUCAUCAACGCGGCCACUCAGAAUGAAGGCGUGAAGAUGAUGGAGCGAGCAAUUGGCUCUGUCGUCGAUCCUACCACUGUCCAUAACCUCUUCGUCGAGGCCAACAGAGGUGCCAGAUCUUUCUUGAACCCGUUUGAGGCUCUCUGGGGCAUGAGCAUGAGCCAAUUCCAGAACCGUGCUGCUGAAGGCAACGCCGAUGGAAGCGUCUCUGAAACGACUCCUCAGCGCGUUUUCCCUUUCUUCUUCCCCUUCACCGGAGCUUCUCCCGCUGCCAAGUACGGCCCCCGCUACGAGUUCCACGACCACAUCUACGAAUGCGGUGGCAGGCCGUGCGAUGAGUCCUGGUCUGUGUCCCACUCGUACUCUCACUCUCACUCUGUUUCCCGGGAAGAGUAA